AUAUUUGAUAGCAAUCCAAUAGCUGUAACAAACAUAAUGGGCCGGUAGCUAUACAGAAGGGGAUAAUAUUUUAUAGGUUUCUAGAUGAUUCCACUCUGCAUACGUGUUAUUAUAAUUAACAUUGAAGGAAGAAUAAAUAGUUAAAAAAACAGUUGGGGUGGUGGUAGAGAUAUAAAGAAGAAAAUGGAGGAAGCAAUGAAGAUGGUGAGAAUUGUUCGACCUAAUGCGAAAUACUGCGUUACAGGGGCCACAGGGUAUAUUGGUUCUUGGCUGGUUGAGUCUCUUCUUCAAAGAGGUUGCACUGUUCAUGCUACUGUCAGAGAUCCUGCUAAGUCAUUACACCUUCUGUCAUUGUGGAAGGGUGGUGACCAAUUGAAAAUUUUCCAAGCGGAUUUGCAACAAGAAGAAAGUUUUGAUGAGGCCGUAAAAGGAUGUGAUGGUGUGUUCCAUGUUGCAGCUCCAAUGCAAUUCAAUGUUAGUGACAAAGAAAACACUGAGGCCUUUGUUCAAGCAAAUAUAAUUGACCCUUCAAUCAAAGGAACAAUAAAUCUUCUCAAAUCCUGUUUGAAAUCCAAUUCUGUGAAAAGGGUUGUUUUCACAUCUUCCAUUAGUACUAUUACUGCUAAAGACAGUAAUGGAAAGUGGAAACCUAUUGUUGAUGAAUCUUGCCAAAUACAAACUGAUAUUGUGUGGAAUACACAAGCAAGUGGAUGGGUUUAUGCACUUUCAAAGCUUCUCACAGAAGAAGCAGCAUUUAAAUUUGCAAAAGAGAAUGGUAUUGAUCUUGUUUCAGUCAUAACAAGCACUGUUGCAGGUCCAUUCUUCAUUGCUAAAGUACCUUCAAGUGUUAAAGUUCUACUAUCACCACUAACAGGUGAAACUGAAUACUACAAGAUAAUAUCUGCUGUAAAUGCAAGAAUGGGGUCAAUUGCAUUGGUUCACAUUGAAGAUAUAUGCAAUGCACACAUAUUCUUAAUGGAACAUGCUAAAGCAGAAGGUAGGUACAUAUGUAGCACCCAGAGCUGUACACUGUCUAACUUGGCAUCUCUUGUUUCCAAAGAGUAUUCUUGUCCCACUAUUCAGAGGAAGUGUCAGAAAAUUUUUGACAAGGUUCCUUCUGAAAUUUCCUCAAAGAAGCUAAAAGAAUUGGGUUUUAGUUACAGGCAUAGCCUUGAAGAAAUAGUACAUCAAACAAUUAUGUGUUGCCUAGAUUAUGGUUAUUUACCUUCUGUUUAGCUAGUAGUCUUCCAAUACCACUAUGUACAUUAUUCAAAGUAUUUGAGCUUUUGUAAUUUUCAUACAAAUAAAUAAAUGAAGUCAACUUUCAAACCACUAGCU